UGGCGCCAGGCAAUUCCUUGGCAGCUCGAUUCGAUGCCGCUGGCGCAGCGCCGCCCUUCCAGCCAAGGACGGAGACGUCGAAUCUCCUCGCGGCGCUCAAGCUGUGCGCCAUGGCGAGGGAUCUGGAGCGGGGAAGAUCCAUCCACAGCCAUGCUGUCGAUAGCGGCGCCGCUGCGAAUCCGUUCGUGGCGAGCAGCCUGGUGAGCAUGUACGCCAAAUGUGGCAGCGUGAGGGAGGCGCGCCGGAUCUUCGACGCCAUGCCGUGCCACAGCGUGGUUUCUUGGACAGCGCUCAUCCAAGGGUAUGUAGAGAACAAGGAGGAGCUCCUAGCUUUAGAUUUGUUUGCCGCCAUGGCUAGAGCUGGAGGAGAUUGCCAGCCGAAUGGCCGGACUUUCGUCGCUGUUCUAAAAGCUUGCUCUCGUCUUGCAGCGAAAGAAGCGAUGCAACCUCUCGGUGACGAGCUCGUGAAGAUCAAAGCGCUGGAGAGCGUCGUGGCUCUCCACGCUGUGAUCGAUCAAACUGGCUGUGGAGUGGACAUCUUCGUCGCAAACGCGCUUCUGGACGCUUACGCGCGGUGUGGAAGCUUGGUUGACGCAAGCAAGGUAUUCUCCGGCAUGGCUUACAAGGAUGUGGUCUCUUGGACGUCGCUGAUACUGGGAUUUGCAGAGAAUUCGCAGGGAGAGAUGGCCUUGCAGCUCUUCGAGCUCAUGCAGCGCCAGGGAUGCUCUCCAAAUCCCCGGACUUUUCUUGCCGCAGUGAAAGCCAUCGCUGCUCUUGCCGCGGAAGAAAGGGAAAAUCCUCUCGAGCUGGACGAUGGAAUGAGCAAGGUGGUGGCUUUGGAGAAAGUUAUGGCUUUGCAUUCUCUUUGCGUGAAGAGUGGCUGCCAAGACAGGUACGUGACGAGCUCCUUGGUCGAUUUGUAUGCGAAGUGUGGGAGCCUGGACGAUUCUCGCGUGGUUUUCGAGAGAGCCCGUUUCUUCGACGACGUGGUGCUGUGGACGGCGCUUAUCCUCGCCCACGCGGACUCCAGCGGCAACGAAGAACAGGCUCUGGAGAUCUAUGUCCGGAUGCGUCGCCAUGGCUGUGCUCCGGACGCUCGAACCUACGUCGCUCUUCUCAAAGUUUGUGGUAAGGCUGUGGCUUCGCGGCUGGCGAAAGUGAUUCACGGCGAGAUUUGUAGGCAUGGCUUGGAGCAUGGAGAGCUCGUAGCAAACGCGCUGGUGGACGUGUAUGGAAAAUGCGGCAGCGCUCACAACGCCGAGAAGGUAUUCCUGUCGCUCCUUUCACCGGACGCUGUCGCUCACACGUCGCUCAUGGCAGGGCUGUGCCGCCAGGGAAAGGAUGGCUCCACAAAGGUCUUCCAGAUCUUCCACGAGAUGCUGGACAAUGGCUUGAGCAUAGACGGUGUCACCCUCUUGUGCUUGCUCACGGCCUCCAGCCAUGCCGGGCUGGUCACCCAAGGGAAGCAAAUCUUCCAGGCGAUGCAAAGGAGGACGAACCAUCUGGACGAGGCCAUGAACUUCGCGAGAACGAUGCCUUUCAAACCGACAGCAGUGACUUGGACGACGAUACUGACUUGGUGCUCCAAGUGGAAGAACCCAAGCCUUGGAAGGCUGGCUUUCGAGAAGUGCCUGGAGAUCGACAGUAAGAUCGCUACUUCUUACCAGUUGAUGGCUAAUCUCUAGCGCUGUGGCAGCACAGCCA